AUGUGGCAUGCGGCGAGACAACAAGAAAAAAAGAUCAAGGAGUUAAUGGUAGAUCAUAAAAAGAGAGCAGAACGAAGAAGAGCAUACUAUGAAUCUCGCCUUGGUGAUCCUAGCCAACUACUUCGCCUUACCGGCACAGCGAGUAAACUUUUUCCUAACGCAGAGCAGCACUAUUUCUAUGAAAAUUCCGAAAAGUCCCUAAUGCAAUGGCAAGGGGAUGCUGAAACGAGAAUUGAUAGAUUUGAUGGUCGUGCGCUUUUAGAUUACCUGCCACCAGAUAAUCCAAACUUGUCUAUUCUUCCUGCAGAUGAGAGAGAUUUGCAAGAGGAACUUAACUUUGAAAGAUUUCGUGACUUGGUCGAAAAUGAGCGUCGUAAUGAAGAUAGUUGCCUUGAAGAAAUUGAGGCUGAGUGGACCAGUCUACUAGAAAGGCAUAAAGCAAUGAUCAAAAAAUUACAAGAGAAAUCUGACACAAAUAGUCAGGGCUUUGGAUAUGAUUAUGGUACAGAGAAGCAGGAUGAAAUUCCAAGUGAUGAAGAAUCACAUCAUCUUGAUGAUAUCCAUUCACAUCAUGAAGAUAUUUUAGAUUAUGUGGACGAUUUGACUGAUAAAGAUCGACAGACAUUAAAUAUUAUGGGAAAAAAAUAUCUAAUCCCGGAUUAUACUAGAUUAUUACGCAUCGCCAAACGUGAUAGAGAAGAAAAGGCACAAGAGUUUAAAGAAAGUCAGAAGAUCAAAGAACGAAAAUCGCGGCGUCAUACGUCACGGAAAGAGGAUCAUACGCUAAAUUUAUUUUUAGAUCUUAUUCAAUCAGAGAUUCACCCACGUACGAACCCUACACAGAUUCGUAAUGAUUCGUCGACGAGCUUGUCAGAAGAGCAAGAAAUUGGGAAUUUUGUGAUUGAAUUUGGCAAUUCUGAAGAAAAUGCAUCAGAAUCUAGUUCUUCUCGAUCUCAUAAGGAGGAGCUAUCUCUAACACAGUUGCAAAGAGGAUCAUUGUCACAUACACGGAAAACUGAAACAUUAUCCAGCCAAAAAGCAAACGUAAUAUCAACCAGCUCAUAUACUAAUACCAAUAAUAAGGUUCCUCCAAAAAAAUUGACACCUGCAGAAAAACUUCGCUUGAAGCUUCAAAUGGGUUUGAAUAAACAAAUUCAGGUGGAUGAAAAAAAGAAAAUUCAAAAGGAACGUGAGCAGAAAUUUGAACGCUUGGGAAGUGAGGAAAUUGAAAAACAUUUAAUAAAAUCUGCUAGCAAAAAGUUUAAGAGGUCUAUAUCACGUGAACGGUCUCGCAAAACUAGCGCGAAGUCUAAAUCAUCGCAUACAAGAUAUCGUCGAGACCGCUCGUCUUCUGUUGAUACAAUAAGAACAA